CUGUCGGGUCCGGUAUUGUGUGGAAUCGAGUCGAAUCACUGGAUCCUCGUUUCUGUUAUGUAAUUCCGCUCUGGCCUCCUUUUUGUAAGAGAAAAAGAUCGCUGAGCCGAACCUAUACGUUUCCUCCGCUACUCGCUGCAUCAUUCCGGAUAAAACAUAAAUCGCCAGGAUAAACAUAAUUCAGAAUGGGGGCUAUGUUCAGGAGCGAGCAGAUGGCACUCUGCCAGCUGUUCAUUCAGCCAGAGGCUGCCUACCUUUCUAUCUCCGAACUUGGAGAAACCGGUACGGUGCAAUUUCGUGAUCUCAAUAGCGAUGUCAAUUACUUUCAACGAAAGUUCGUUAACGAAGUUCGUCGAUGCGACGAAAUGGAACGAAAACUUCGAUACAUCGAAGCGGAAGUAAGGAAAGACGGAGUGCCUAUUGAAGAGAAUCUGACUGAAUUACCACGAGCACCGAACCCACGCGCCAUUAUAGACCUCGAGGCGAAUCUCGAAAAGACGGGGAACGACAUGUUAGAGCUGAGCCAAAACGCGGUGAACCUGAAGAGUAACUAUCUCGAGUUGACGGAAUUACGGCACGUGCUCGAGAAGACCCAAGUAUUUUUCACGGAGGAAGAGGCCAAUGACUCGAUCACCAGGACGUUAAUUAACGAAGAAGCACAGAUUCCGAGCAGUACCGGUCGGGGACGUCUUGAAUUCGUCGCAGGGGUAAUAAAUCGAGAACGGGUACCAGCUUUCGAGCGAAUGUUGUGGCGGAUAUCACGAGGAAACGUAUUUUUACGUCAGGCUGAACUGGAAAAGCCAUUAGAAGAUCCAGCUACCGGGAAUCAAAUGUACAAAACGGCCUUUGUUGCCUUUUUCCAAGGAGAACAAUUGAAGAGCCGUAUCAGGAAGGUCUGCAGUGGUUUCCACGCUUCUUUGUAUCCCUGUCCGCAUAGUCACGCGGAACGCGAAGACAUGGUCAAAGGCGUCCGCACUAGACUCGAGGAUCUAAACUUGGUUCUAAAUCAAACACAAGAUCAUCGCCAACGUGUGUUGCAUACUGUCGCCAAAGAAUUGCCCAACUGGACCAUCAUGGUUAAAAAGAUGAAGGCCAUUUAUCACAUAAUGAAUCUAUUCAACAUGGACGUUUCGAAAAAGUGCCUUAUUGGAGAAUGCUGGGUUCCAAUGGAUGAUUUUAAUAUCGUCAGGAACUGCUUGACCGAAGGAUCGCGUCUCUGUGGUAGUUCGAUACCAUCUUUUCUGAAUGUAAUCUACACAGACGAGAGCCCACCGACAUUUAUCAGGACAAACAAGUUUACCAGAGGUUUUCAAAACUUGAUCGACGCAUAUGCCGUGGCGUCGUAUCGUGAAGCUAACCCAGCGCUAUACACGAUUAUCACUUUUCCUUUCUUAUUUAGUGUCAUGUUCGGUGAUGCUGGCCAUGGUUUGAUUAUGACCUUGUUUGGUCUAUUUAUGAUUCUGAUGGAGAAGAAGUUUUUGGCGCAGAAGUCGACGUCUGAAAUUUGGAAUAUAUUUUUUGCCGGUCGUUAUAUUAUACUUCUGAUGGGUAUAUUUUCUAUUUAUACCGGCUUUAUCUACAACGACGUGUUCUCAAAAUCACUUAACAUAUUCGGAUCUAGCUGGAACAUAGUGUAUAAUAAGAGCACCAUACUGGACAAUGAUUUCCUUCAGUUGGACCCUAAAGUUGAUUAUAAACAAGUUCCAUAUCUAUUCGGUAUGGAUCCACUUUGGGCACAAGCCGAGAACAAGAUUAUAUUCUUGAAUUCGUACAAAAUGAAAUUGUCGAUCAUUUUUGGUGUCGUGCACAUGAUCUUUGGCGUCUGCAUGAGUGUUGUCAAUAUUAUGAAUUUCAAGAAGUAUUCAAAAUUCUUCCUCGAAUUUUUGCCACAGCUGCUCUUUCUCAUUCUAUUGUUUUUCUAUCUGGUAGUUCUGAUGUUUGUCAAAUGGGUCUUAUAUGAUGCUGCUUCUCCAGACAAAGCGUAUUCUCCAACAUGCGCUCCUUCAGUUUUGAUUACAUUCAUUAACAUGAUACUGCAAGGUCACGCCACUAUGCCAAAGGGGUGUUCAGAGUACAUGUUCCCAGGUCAGGCCAUACUUCAAAAUGUCUGUGUUGUACUCGCGGUAUUGUGUAUACCCGUGAUGCUCCUCGGAAGACCUAUUCUCUUUUUAAUAACGAAGAGGAACAAAUCACCAGUAAUUCAUAGCAAUGGAACAACCCAAGAGACCGAUUUGCAGUCACCUAUUCCACAAGCGAUACCUACGACCAGUGAAUCAGCCACAGGUGGUCAUGAUCAUGAAAACGAAUCUUUCGGUGAAGUUAUGAUUCUCCAAGCCAUCCACACCAUAGAAUAUGUUCUUUCAACGAUAUCGCACACGGCUUCUUAUUUACGUUUAUGGGCUCUGUCACUGGCCCACGGACAGUUGUCAGAUGUACUAUGGACAAUGGUGUUAAGGAGGGGUCUAAUGGCCAGUGAGAAUAACUACGUAAUGAGUGUAGUUUUAUUCGUUAUAUUCGCCGUUUGGGCAUUCUUCACCCUUGCCGUCCUGGUUAUGAUGGAAGGCUUGUCCGCUUUUCUCCACACUCUUCGACUUCAUUGGGUGGAAUUUAUGAGCAAGUUCUACGAUGGACAGGGCCACCCUUUUCAGCCAUUUUGUUUCAAGACUAUUUUAGACGGCGAGGACAUCGAAGAGUAGGCCAUCUCUGGUCAACAACAAAUCUACUUAGACACGUCUGUUAUAUUACGC